UCGGCGACGAGCGACAAGCUAUAUCCCAUCAUCGGCGGUAGUUAUUGCGCCCUGCGCCGCGUGAUCGUAAGCUCGCAGGAGGACGCUCGGCGAAACGUCGGCGGUGAAGCGGCGGCGGCGGCGGCGACGGCGGUAGACAGAAGAAGGGAGGACAGCCGACGGCUCAUGGCCGAGGACAUUUUUCCGUUAGCACCAACGAGAUGCGUAACGCGGACGUGCAAUCAAACGCAAGAGGCUUUCGCGUCCCAGCUACCAUAACUUUACGAGAAUGCAGCGUCGUCAUCAUCGGAAGUACAUGCAGAAUAUGCGGCAGGGACUUCAAAUGCGAAAGCGACGUCGCUCUGCACACGCGAUGGCGACACAAUGGAGCUAUAAGAUCGCUAAUGGGCAUCCUGGAUCAUUCCGAGAUGAAUCUCGAGGAUAUCAGCCAGAGAUGCGACGUGUGCGACAUGACUUUUGGGAUCGUUUCGGAUCUGAGAUUCCACAAGCGACUGAUACACAAACAUGUGAUCAAGAACAGAGGAAAACGCCGAAAGGAGAUGGUACGCAUAAAAUUCAAACUGAACGGUGUGACGACGACAGACGUGAAUCUAGAUCGGAGAUACAUCGAGAACAGUCUCGGGUGUCUCGUCAAUGUUUGCGAAACUUCGGAUUCCCUUAAAAAUGAAAGACGUCAAGAUGACUGCGCUAGGAAUAUUGAUUUGUCUCUCCCGAACCAUGUUGUGGACAAGAGUCAUAUGCAAUACAGUAUACGGCCCCACGAAGCUGCGAAUCGAUACAUUGUAGGUAAAUUCGCGUCUACCAAAGACGACACGAUAGCUAGUUGCACCGCCGAAGUGGGGAAGAGUCUCGUAGAGAUCUCGAAUACGCCGCACAAAGACGCAAUCCCCGUUAGCGACAAUACAUGCCAAGGGAACAAAGAUCAUUGCUAUCUUGAUUCUCAAACUGCGACAGACGUGCUUAUCGAAACUUUUUCUAAUAGCGUCCCCGAUAAAGAAAAUUCGCGAAGGAUAAACGAGUUGGAAAGAAGAAACAUGUAUUGUCAGAGCGAGAUUUUACUUGGUGACGAUCAUGACGAUACCGAAGUUCUUCUCGCCUGUCAAUCAAAAGCGUUCGACGAAUCUAUGUUUAAACAAAAUUCUCGGUCCAGCGAAUGUCCUCGCUAUUCUGUCAGAUGGUUUGAUGAAGUUGUAGGGACCAAAGAAACCACUGGGUUGGCCAAUUCUGUAGUAGAUUCUAUGGAGAUAACAAGUGAUAGUAAUAACAAUGGAAAGAGUUAUGAUCUUAAUACAGAUGCAACGAUGCGUUUAUUUCCUUCGUUAUCUCUACCGGGCAAAAAAACCGAGCCGUCGAAAGCUAAUUCGAACGUUGAUGACGACGUGCAGGAAGUACUGCGAAUAAUAAGAGGAAAUACACAAAGCGAUAUCAAUCACGAAUCACCUAAUCGCAUUGAAAGAGAGAUGCUAGUUCAAAACGUUGUAAGCGACACAUUUACGUUGCCUUCGCAGUUGAAGCCGAGCAUUUAUCCAGAAAAAUACAGCGUCGCGUUUACGAAUUUUGAACCGUCCGAUUAUUCACCAUUUAUGACUGUGACUGAAAGCGAUUAUCAAUUUUUGGCAAAUUCAUUUGAUAAAAAGUUGGGUAUUUAUUUCGAAGAUUUGCAGCGUUAUGGGAUCGAACUCUACAACGAUUUACCGGAAAUGAAUAACAACUUGGAAAAAUACUGGGUAUAUGCUCCACCAGUAUAUCCUCGGGACACACAUCAAGAUUUCUUUGAAACAUGGAAGCAAUCGGACGAUCUGCCAUAUAUCAGUGGAUUGAAAGUGAAUAACAAUUAA